AUGACCAAUGUUACAUUGAAAUUGAUAGGUCAGUGUGAAGAGAAAAUGGUGCUAACAGCAGGGCGUGAACCUCAGUACGUCACUUCCCCCGGAUAUGACGAUGAUCGGAUGUAUCAAGGGGGUUUGAACUGUCGGUGGGAAAUUCAGCCGAUGCCUAACAGCAGCCUCGUAUUCAGUUUAAUGAUCAGUGAGGUCCCCUGUUUCUCAGGAGACUACAUAAAGCUGUACAAAGACAACGAGACGGAUGUUAUAAAUGGUGACAGUGUGUGUGGGAGGGGCCGGACCUUCGGACCUGUGACGUUGACCGGUUCCUCACUGGUUGUUGUCUUCGUGUCCAAGACUUCAAGGUUUUCUUUCUCGACGAAACAAGGAUUCCGCCUGCUGUUCCUGUCUGCGGCAGAUCUAACUGACGGUGGUUGCCAAGGAAGACAAGUUUUAUUGGCAGACGACACGGCUCGUUAUAUUUCAUCGCCAAAUUUCCCAGAUUUUUACCAAUCAAAUGCAAAUUGCGAGUGGGAAAUUAAAGCUUCGACCGGAUAUGACGUCAACAUUUUGGUUUUAUUUUUAGAUAUUGAAUAUGACGAAUUAUGUACGUUCGACUAUUUAAGCUUUUAUGAAGGUUCUACAUCCACUACAAAUUACCUGUGUUCAGAAAACAACUUCAGUUUUGGAAAUAUUCGGGGCAGGGACUUCGUCGUGUCUUUCAGCAGUGACGACUCCGAGAACAGACAUGGCUUCCUGAUACGAUACAAAUCAACUGCGUCUUCUAAAAAAGAUUGCACUCAGAGUACGGCAGACAUUGUUUUUCUUUUGGAUUCUUCCGGAAGUGUAGGAGAGACUAACUUCGUCUUCCUAACCUCCUUCAUCGCUGAUCUGGUUUACGACUUCAACGUCGGUCCGGAUGUCGUUCAAGUUGGAAUGGUAACUUCCGAAUCAAACGUCACCAAUCACUUCAAUUUGAAUCAGUAUGCCACAAAAGAGGAAGUUAUAAACGCGACACACCAGUUGCCCUACAGUGGAGGGCGAACUUUGACAGACCUGGGACUUAACCACACGCUGUGGCAUAGUUUCACCGAAGAACAUGGCGCGCGAUCUCACGCCACACGGGUCCUUCUGGUAUUCACAGACGGUGCGUCAAAUCGACCCUCUUCAACGCGAGCCGUGGCAGAAGAAGUGAAACAAGCUGGAAUCACCAUAAUCUCUGUCGGCGUAGAGUCCGGCGUAGACCCGACAGAGCUGUUCGCCAUUGCAUCCCACGAAGAAUACGUGUUCCGGGCUACCUCGUUCACCGACCUUGAAACGAUCAAGUAUUCGCUAGAGAGCAUCAUCUGUAAGAUCAUCACGUCUGAUCCUUCUAGUCCCACCUUGACUACAACUACUAGGUCCUCCUCCCUUCAUCCGCCGACUCUACAGGCCCCAAUCCUGUCGCCAAGUAUUCCGGUACUGGCGCCACAGGUCUCGUCCACUGACACCCAGUCAUCAACGGUAGGCGGCAAUGACACAACGACUAGUAUAACAUCAUCUGAUGUAUCGUCAUCCUCAUCAUCAUCUGAUGUAUCAUCAUCAGACAUUGCUCCAACAGGAACCGGAAGCACGGUUGAAAUGACAUCAAGCUCACCAAAUGGCGUCUCGACAUCUGUACUCAGCUCAAGCUCGUCAAGUGUUUCAUUGACGUCUAGAAGGACACAGCAACAUAUUUCCUCUGCGAGUGUCUCCACCACUACAAUUCAAUCAGAUGUCAAUUCAAAGAGCAACCAGUCGUCCAAUUUGCCUGACGUCAAGGACAUAUUGGACGAGUUCGUGCCCACCCGGGACAUAAUCGCCAUCAUUUCCGUGUGCACGGUCUUCGUCUUCCUGUCCAUGAUUUCCUGCUGUAUCCUCCUGGGGCUGUGCGUGACGAGGCGGAGGCAGAAGAGAAGAGAGGGGAGGAAAGGGAGAGACGGUGAGAACGGGGACAAGAAUUACCCCGUCCCCGUGGUACACGCCAGGGCCAAUAACAUACACGUGCAUUACCAUGCUUCCAUGUUGGCGGAUGGAAAGUGAUUAGAGUUGUCCUUCUUGGAACAACUGUGAACUGGUCGUUUCUUUGCGCCGUGAAAUUGUUUGCAUUUGUUUCAGUGUAUUAUCAAUACCAUGCCGUAUUAAUAGUUCAAUUUUUGGAUUAUCCAUUCAUUUCAUUAUCAAUAAAUUGUUUUCAAUUCA